CCAUCGUCUAGUGUCAGGGCGCUAGGCACGAACGGGAACCUAUGUGUCGAUUCGUCAUCUACAAAGGCACCUCACCAGUUCAGCUAUCCCAUCUCUUGACGCGACCAUGUCAUUCAAUCAUCAACCAAGCCUUUGACUCGAGGUUGCGUUUGGAUAAGCGGAGGCCUAUGAAUGGCGAUGGGUUUGGAGUCGGUUGGUAUGACUCGGUCUACGACGAAGAACUCGGUAGCCAGCCAUGCAUAUUCACAUCUAUAACUCCAGCUUGGAACAACAUCAACCUAACCAGAUUAGCGGAGAAGAUCAAGUCGCCUCUGGUCUUUGGCCAUGUUCGUGCAACUACCGCUGGAACACUUUCAUUGGACAACUGCCAUCCGUUCGUCUUUGGGAACCUGAUGUGGAUGCACAAUGGCGGGAUUGCAGAGUUCAAUACCAUCAAGAGGCGUUUGCAGAGCGACCUUCCAGACAUCGCUUUCGACAAAGUUCUGGGGAAUACUGAUUCGGAAUGGGCGUUUGCGUUGUUUAUCUCGAAGCUUCCCGACCCAAAGGCAAAGUCUUUCACACCGGCCAUAUUACAGAAAGCAAUGGAAGAAACGAUUGCAACAUUAAACGUGUAUCGCAAGGAAUUCAACAUCACGUCCGAGCCUAACUUGCUCAACUUCUGUGUGACGGAUGGUAAGAGUGUGGUCGUGACAAGAUAUGUGUCGUCGCGGACGGACGAAGCUGCUUCUCUGUGGUUUUCGUCCGGCAGUGAGUUUAGCGAGUAUGGGGAAGGGGGCCACUACAAGAUGACCAAGUCUGACAAGCGGGAAAACAUCAUCAUGAUUGCCAGUGAACCACUCACAUUUGAACGAGCGGACUGGAUGGAAAUCAAGACGAACCAUAUGGCAAUCAUCACACCCAAGAUGAAUAUGCUUCAAAUCCCUAUUAUCGACGAAUUCUACGUGCCACCUUCAGAUCCCGCAUCUCUCCAUCGAACGAACGAGUUUGCGCGAGAGAAAGGGCUUCUGAACCCGGCACCUUUGGAGGAAUCUCAUAAAGCGGAACAGACGCCUGUGGUCGGUCGACGAACCAUGAUGGUUCCAAUCAGCUCUGGAUCCCAUUGCUGCUAA